CCUCCAGGCCCGCCCCUCCCCGCGCUGAGUGACAGACAGUCAGUCGACAGACGGGCGGGCGGCCGUGACCCGCGAGCAGCUCGCGUUCGGUCGUUAUGAGUAAAUUUUCAAACUGGUUCAGGGGCGGCUCGUCCGCGGCCUCGGGUCCGGGUCCCAGCCUGGGCUCGUCCUCCUCCCGGUCCCGCUCCAAGAAGCCGGGCCCGAGUCCGCAGGAGGCCCUGCAGCGUCUCCGCGACACCGAGCAGAUGCUGAGCAAGAAGCAGGAGUACCUGGAGAACAGGAUCGGCAUAGAGCUGGAUAUCGCCCGCAAAAAUGGCACCAGGAACAAGCGAGCUGCUCUACAGGCACUGAAGCGGAAGAAGAGGUUGGAAAAGCAGUUGGCACAGAUCGAUGGAACUCUCUCUACGAUUGAAUUCCAACGAGAAGCAUUGGAAAAUGCAAAUACAAAUACUGAAGUAUUAAAAUCUAUGGGCUAUGCUGCAAAGGCAAUGAAAACUGCUCAUGAGCACAUGGAUUUGGAUAAAAUUGAUGAAAUGAUGCAAAAUAUCACGGAACAGCAGGAAAUAGCACAAGAGAUUUCUGAUGCAAUAUCCCGACCAGUCGCUUUUGCUUCUGAAUUUGAUGAGGAUGAAUUGCUGGCAGAAUUAGAAGAGCUGGAACAGGAAGAAUUAAAUAAGAAAAUGACCAAAGGACUGCCAAAAGUUCCAACCACCAAUCUCCCAUCCAGACAAGCUAAAGCUAAAAAGAAGACACGCGAUGAAGAUGCAAGUAUAAAGCAUUUGACUGCCUGGGCUUCGUAAAGCUGGCCACACGGAUCGGUUACACUAAGCAACAUGAAGAUGACUUAGGGUAUUUUAAGAUUUUAUGCUGUGAUAAUAGUAUCGCAACAUAUAUACAGGUCUGAGGCAUCUGAAGUAUGGUAGGCUAUUAAUAUUCACAUAGAAUUCUAAUCAGAGAUCUGAUCUUUGUGUAUUACACUACAUUUAAUUUGAACCACAGUGAUUAGAUUUGGAAAAUACAUUUUAUAUUCCAGCCAUAUCUUAUUCUGUAUCUAGCCUGAUAGGAUAUUUUGAUCAAAGAGCUGAUGACUGUCUUAAAUUAAAAAAGGCCUCACCAUUUAGUACAAAUCUAAGCAACAAAAACAAUUGACGGUUAAUUUGAAAGGAAUCAAGCUGUCAUUCCAAUAUUCCUUGGAUUGGAAUCGUACAACUUGGAAACAGACCCUUCGGCCCACACUGACCAAUAUGUCCCAUCUACACUUCGCUCAUAUCCCUGUGGACCUGAUAGUACCUACCUCAAUUACCUCCUCUGGCACCCAACACCCUUUGUGCAAAAUUUACCCCUCUGGUUCCAGUUGAAUCUCCCCCUCACCUUAAACCCAUGUCCUCUGGCUCUCAAUUCCCCUAUUCUGGGGAAGAGGCUCAGUGCAUUUACAUGAUCCAUUCCUCUCCCGAUUUUGUACACAAUUAUAUUUGGUCCUGGAACUUACAGGACUACAAGGUUGUCUGUUUCUAACAAUAUAUUAUUGUAACAAAGCAGGUUGGUGGAUUGAAAGAAAGUGUAGAAAUAGACCCUUCAGGUACUGAGUCCAUGCUGACCAUCAAUCACCCGUUUACACCAGUUCUAUGUUAUCCCACUUUCACAUUGACUCCCUGCACAAGUUACAGAGGGCCAAUUAACCUACAAACCUAGGAUAGACAAAAUGCUGGAGUAGCUCAAUGGGAUAGAAACAUAGAAAAUAUGUUAUUCGGCCCUUCGAGCCAUUCAAUAUGAUUAUGGCUGAUCAUCUAAAAUCAGUAUUCCGUUCCUGCUUUUCUCCCCUAUCUCUUGAUUCUUUUAGCCCUAAGAGUUAAAUGCAACUUUCUCUGGAGGAUAGGCAGCAUCUCUGAAGAGAAGGAAUGGGUGAUGUUUUGGGUCGAGACCCUUUUGUACACAUUUAACCUACAAACCUGUUUGUCUUUGGGAUGUGGGAGGAAAGCGGAGCACCCGGAGGAAUCCCACGCAGUCACAGUGAGAACGUGCAAACUCCACACCAACUGCACACAACGUCAGGAUCGAACCCAUGUCUGUGGCACUACUAAGCAGUUCUACCAGCUGUGCCACUGUUUUAUAAUUAGAAUUCUUCUAACGCUACAUUCACUGUUAUUUUUUAAAAGCACAAAAUGUAAAGUUUCAGUUAUUGUUCCAUGAUUGAUCCACAACUCCUUCAACUGAAAAAAAAAGUAAAUGUAACUGAGGCCAUUUCAGGAACAUUGGGUGCAGUAGGUAAGGUGCAUGUGAAAUGUCAAGUUGCAGCUUUGAGUUCAUUGUAUUCUUCAAGGAGACGAACUGGCUCACGUAUUGUUCCACACUAAACUAGCCAGCAUCCAGAUCUUCACUAAGUAAAAAGGUGGAUGAAAAUGUGUACUUAUAUUUCACAUUCGAAGCAGAAUAGCCUGUGGAAAAAAUUUAUAUCACUGGGAUUUAUAUCACUGACCAAGAUAUUACUGACUAUAGCUUACCAAGAAAAUUUACACCAAACUUUAUUCUAUUGUCUUUUGUAUCAGAGGAAUUUGAAUUUAUUUAAUACGUGAGAAGAUUGAAUACAUGAUUUACUCUGAGUAGAUAGUCCUUGUUAAACCACUUGAUGUUGUUUUAGUCCAAUGAAAUGAUAAUUUAAAACCAGGGAAAAUCAAACUUGCAAAGGCCUAAUGAAUUGCUUUCAUUUUAUUGGUAAAAUGCAAGUGAUUUUGUUUCUAUAACAAUGCAUUUAAGCAAUUAAAUCUACUGUUUAAAAACAUGGUUUUAAUUUACUUGAUUAUGUCUGAGUACUUUAGUAAGCAGAGCUUCCAAUGUCUUUAAUUAUAAUCAUUGUACAUAUUGAUUUGGUUGUGUAGCUGAUUACUGAAGAUAAAUGCUUAUAUUUGGGGAAAAAUACAGAAAUGCACUUUGUAAAUAAAAGUAUUUACUCUCAA